ACCAAAGAACACGCGCGGGCGCAGUAACAAGUCCGCCACGGAUACAGCACGCGCACGUCUCCCCCUCUUCUUCGCCGUCCGGGUCGGCCGUUGCGAGGCGAGACAAGCCACCGGCCCCCGCCCCGUCGCCGCGCGCCUAGGGUUUCGAUGGAGCCCCCUUCCCCCUCGGCCGCGUCUCCUCCGGCGGAGGAGGAGGAGGCGGCGAGGCGGAGGUUGCCCGAGGAGCUGAAGCUGCGGCGGAGGACGCUGGAGACGGUGCUGGAGCAGUGCCAGCGCGCGCUCGAGAUGAUACGCGAGGUCGAUCUGGGGGAGGUUGAGGAGGGGGCGAAUUCUAAGGAGGGAGUGCAGGAGGACGGGGGCGGCGAGGCGGACGACCACGGCGGCGGUGACGAGGGGGCGCAGCCGCCGCCGCCCUCGGACGCCGACUACGAGACGGACGAGCUGUGCGAUCUUCUCCAAUCAAGGGUUCAAUCACCUGAAUUUCUCGAGAAGCUAGAUAGCAUUCAGAAGUCAGUGUAUCAACAUGGUGCAGUAGAUGAAACAGUAUCAUGGGAUAUUGUAAGUGCGGCAGAUAUAUGGGAUGAUAAGAGUAUGAACGUUAGUGAUGAUUCAGAGGAUGGAUAUGUUCUCGUUAAGCAAGAGGACAUAGUCGAUGGCAUUGCAUGCUUCAUGGCUGCAUACUUGCUGUCACUGAAGCAAACUAAGGACUUGACGCCUGAUCAACUUCAACAGGCUCUUAGCAAGACAUUUUCAGCUAAAAAGAGGAAAGGCAAGCUUCAGAAGGCAUGGGAUGGAACAAAAGUUAUUUACAAUGUAGCAUCAUGGAGUGCGACAGCUGUUGGUAUCUACCAGAAUCCAGCAAUUGUACAAGCAGCAACAACAGCCUUUUGGACAUCCUGCCGUGUAAUAUCCAAAUUUCUGUGAAUGAUCCAUAUGGAUGGACGGUGCAAACCUGCAAACACUGUUUCAAAAGAUAUAAGGGAAACAUUGUUCCAACCUUUGUGGUACACUUACAUUCAUGUAAAUAUUCCUGACCUGCAAGUUCGUUGAUUGCUUAUAACAGUGAGAUCAUAUGUCAAAAGAUAGCUGCUCGAAGCUUCAAACCACAUCAGGGAUGACGUGGGGCUAGUCUGUGGCACCUCACGUGGUAUAAUGGUCAAACACCUCCCUGCCUUUGCGAGUACAUUUGUAUCAAAACCCCAACCAUUAAUGUACAUAAGCCCAUGGGUUUCAUGUCAGCCAUGAGCCAUCCUACUCAGAAUUGCUGCAUCAGUGUAAUUAUCUCAAUUCAUUUGAAUAAAUUCAUUUGUGCCUGUUUCACCGCCUCA